AUGAACAUCCUUAGUCUUCCAAAUGAACUUCUGUUCUGCAUCGCAGAUAAUCUGGAAUAUACGUGGGAAAUCAACAGGCUUUGUCGCGCUAACAAGCGGCUUUACGAUUUAUUGAAACCGUGGCUCUAUCGAUUCGACAGACAAUAUACUCGCACAUCAACGCUGUUAAGGGGAGCAGGAUAUGGGUUUGCGCCUAUCAUACGAAAGCUGCUUGAAGAUGACGCCUUUUUAAAAAGCAUUUCUGAGAAGGAAUGGGGAGGACUAAUUUCGGGAUCGGCGUCAAGAGGCCAAAUAGAAUGCCUCAAGUUGCUGUUGGAAGCUGAGAAGCAGCUUCAGCCUUCAAUCGAAUGGAAGCAGACUUUUUCUAGCCUACUGUUUGACGGGCUAGGUUGGGCUGCAUCGAAUGGACAUGUGUCUACAGUCCAGCUCCUCCUGGAAUACGGUGCACCCAUAUUCCAGGAUACGACUUUCUGCGUCCGGACUUUGCGCCAUAUGCCGGUGGCAAAUAUGGCAAUGGAUUGGAUUCGCCAGUCUAAUAGGUUCACUGAUACCCAGAGAUUAGCGAACACGCUAUAUACGGUACUUGAUUGUACAAUACGCCUUUACCACUAUCGCCCAUCGGACGAUUGUGUUCGGCUCAUUGUUCAGGGAUUCCUUGAGAUGGGUGUCGAUCCAAAUUCACAAGAUACUAGAGAUGAGGCCGAAAGAUACAGGUUCAAUCCAGACACAGGUUGCGGUUUUAUUUACUACCCCGCCAUGAAUGGUUUCUCUAAAACCGUGCAGUGUCUGUUAGAGCACGGGGCAGAUGCUAGCCCAAAAAUGGACGAUGGAAGUCGCUUGAGACCCCUUUGCUUUGCAGUUGAAUGGUGUAAUAUAAGGCUUGCAAGGUUAAUGCUUAAAAGCGUCGAUACAGAGGAGAUUAUUUCCGAUGGUAAAGAGACCGGGCCGUUGCUAUGUGUUGCAGCGGCGUGCGGUCUCCAAACGCUGGUACGGGAGCUUUUGUACGGUGGAUACCAAGCAGAGGAAGCCCAGGAAAACCAAAUAGAGUGGGCUGAGGAAUAUGACCAGCAAAAGGCACUCGACUGGGCUUCCAAAUUUGGACAUGGGGGAGUUGUGAGGCUCCUGCUCAACCACGGCGUCAAGCCCAGCUUGGAAACUCUCGGCACAGCAGUCCGCCACCGAUCUGUAAGGAUUACAAAAAUGCUUCUUGAUGCUAACGCAGACGCUGCCUGUUUCCCAGACGGUUAUAUUCUCCACGAUGACUGCCCGGCUUUGGGUCCAUCUCUAUUCGAGCUCCUACUCAAUCAACACGCUGAGCAGAAUCCCGGAUAUGCCUCAGACCUUUCCAGAUUAAUGCAAAAGGUGCUCAGGAGUGGCCACAUACCUCAGGCCCAGAUGCUCCUAGACCGAGGUUUCCGGUUAGGGGCUAUCCUUAAAGACAACCCCGACGAUAAUGGUGGGAUCAUGCAAAGCCUCGACAUCCUGGAAUUCGCAGCAUAUGGUGGAGUUGCUGCGCUAGAAUUCUUGUUUGACAACGGGUUUGAAUACCCACAGAAGGACACGAUAGAUAAUCUAUCACCAAUAAUGAUUGCCGCCACCAAUUGGGAUUUCGAUGCACUAAGGUUCCUCCUUGAGAAGGGUGUCAGGGUCCCCAGGGACGACGAGCUCGUGCAUACGCUCAUGUCUAUAUUCCGGAAGUAUGAUGCGGAACAAGCGCAAGAGCUAUGUGAUCUGCUAAUUAGCUAUGGCGCCGAAUUCAACUUUACAGGCGAGGUCGGUACCGACGCCUUGUUUUCCGCAAUUAUCUACAGAUCGGAGGAGGCCUUGAAGUUUUUCCUGAACCACGGUGCUGAUCCCUUGUCACGAGAUGAGUUUGACGGUGAGCCUCUGGGGACUGCAUUAAGAUGGUGUUACACUCGAGGAGUCCAAAUUAUGUUGGACACAAUGCAUGAUCCACCUCUUGACAGACUGAGAAAGGAGGUGUUGGGACUCAAAUCAAAAGCGGCACUAGAGAGACAGUGGAACAAAGUGGGGGAUUUCUAUUGCUUUGAAGUCAGAAACGGAUUUCAUUUACUCCCUACACCAGAUCCUAAUAGUAUUCCAAAGCCAUACCGACGCUGGCCAGAACCGCCUGGUGGCGUAGACUACGCGGCACUGGAGCGAAGCAGGAUGAUACUUGGUAUGGACUGGUGGUAG